AUGAAAGUAAAACUGUUGGUGACACUUUUGUUGCAGUGUUUUUGGGGCAAGUGCUGGGGGCGCGCAACGGAACAGGUUGGACAGUCGCUGAUACAAUUGAGUCACGAUGAUGACUUGGAUAAUGAUUACCCAGAUGUUAAGGAUGAGGUGCAUUUGGAGGAUUUUUUUUGGACGGGGUCAGGUGACGGGCCACCUGAUUUCUUAAAAAAAGUGCACACGGGCAUAAGUAAGGGCAAGGACGUAAUAGUGAAGACGGAAACUGUGGUGGCCACAGUCUAUGUGGACGGCAAUAAUGAAAUCGAAAUACCUUUAUGCCUGGACUGCAAGCCUGAUGAUGGCGGCGGUAAUUGGGAGUUUUCGGCGCCUGGCAUGCCGCCAUUGAAUUAUUCUGCAACAGAUAGACGAUAUUGGUUGUUAACUGUCAUGUCUGGUUUCUAUUCGGCCAAGGAUAAUCCCAUGCUGGAGGAUAAGCUAGCGCGACUUUAUCGCUUGGCAUUCACUAGACAGCAAACACGCCAUCUAGGUUUAAAUGGAGCACAGCAAAUUGCAGGCGUUUCAAUUAAUGCGCCACGUGAGCGUCGCCAGCCAGCUAAGGCUUCCACAAUUAGGCCAAUCGUUGACACCACAUAUUGGCCGGGGGAUGAUGUGGAAAUAUUGGAUAUGGAUAAGCAUGGUGUACAUCAAAUCAAAACUAAGUGGGCUGCAGGUGCGCAGCCCGAGUGGGAGAGUGAAAUGGAUGAGUCAGAGGAGCAUUUAGGCAGCUCAACAUUGCCCACAACAACAACAGUAGCAACAGCAACCAGCAGCGAGUCUAUAGACUACAGCGCCUAUGUCACAUUGAUCCCUUGGGAGCUUAUACAGCAAAAUGGAAAAUCCGAAAAGUUGCAGGAAAUGCGCGAGGCGUUGCUAAGUCAACAACAACAACAGGAGCUGCCAGCCCAACCAUUAUUGCGCAGCGACUACGAGCGCGUCCGGGUCGUCAUACACAACAGCACGCAAAUCAGUGAAACUGAUGUCUUAAAGUGGAACAAUAGCGGCUAUGAAGGCGCUGCAACUGACGCGUAUGUUAACCUGAAAUUCAAUGAACGGCCUGUGGCCAAUCAAACGGAGCUUAUCUACACAGUCUUGGUGAAUGGACGUCCCGUGCUGGCUACCACUGCGGCCAAGGACAUGGAGCUAGUAAGCGAAUCGGAGGCAGCCAGCACAAUGGGUAAAUCCAUUUACAUGAAAUCGGAGCCUUAUAUACGUGAACCCACUGCCACUGCCUUGGCGCCCGUGCCGCACAGCAGUCAGGCGGGCUUCUUCAACUCGGUUAGAAACAAUGUGGCCUUGGUGGUCAUCAGCUCGCUGGCCAUUUUACUGCUCUUGUUGCUGCUGGUAGCCAUUUUGCUGCUAGGCCGCACACGUGCCCAACAGCGUGAGCAUCUCACGGAGGCCAACAGAACUUCCUCACGCAAUGAACUGCUCUCGGAGGGUCAGUCCAUGCGGCCCAGCUCACGUGGUACGGUGUUGCACAGCGGUGGCGAUACUGUGGCUGCAGCUAGCUCCAUACGCUCACGCGAUGUUGGCGUGCAGAACAUUGCGUAUGAGCGUGAGCCACGCAUUACGUUUCCCGCACCUCCGGCCGAGCCGCAUACGCGUACACGCCGUGACUCCUUGUCCUCCACAGACAACACUUCAGAUUCGUCGGUCUAUUGUCCCAUCAAUCCGCCCAGCGCCGAUGUGCAGCGUAUUUUGGAUGAUAAAGCAGCUCGUUUGUUUGAUGGUCACAAGCGACGGCGUCAUCAGUAUGAUCGCGCUGAAGGUCACGAGGACACCAUUUACGCAUCGGUGUUAUCGGAGAAGAAGAGCGACAAGUUGCGGCACAAGUCCAGGCGUCGUUACUUGAACGAGAACCGGGUGGGCUCGCUGGAGACGAGUCCAGUGCAAAGUGCACGCGCGCAGGAUCAUUCCUCUACGGAAGAAGGCAACUCGCCAGAGUUGCGUCGCAGCUAUGAGAACUUCCAGCGCACGGAAGCCUACAAUCCGCACAAUAAUUAUCAUCGCAACAAGUUGCUCGAGCAGCAAAACAUCUUCAACGAGAAGGAUUACGAGGAUGCUGCACAGCUGGGCUCGCCACAGGCUAUCAACAAGCAGCUUAUACAAGGUAGAAGUCUGGGCGAAAAGUCUUCGGAUACGGCCAGCGUGGGUUCCUUUCUCUCUAUGGCUUCAGUGCGCGCGUUUCCCAAGAGCACUCUGCCCGAGCCGCUAAAUCGCGUGCUUGAUCCCGUAUUUGUGACCUACUACGACAAUGUGAAUACAGUUGCGCCUCAAGGCGGGUCCAGCAAGUCCAACAUUGCAACUAUAGCAGCUAGCUUUCCCAGUCCCAAGGCGCCCAGUUUAGUGCGCAAUAUGCGAACUGCCUCGCACAGCGAUAAUCCGGAUCCAGGCGUGGUGGGUCCUAUUGUCUGGGAGCGUCACAAGAAACGCGUGAGCAGCGCUGACAAGCAGGAGGCAGACUUUAGCCGCAGUCCCAUGCACGAUGCCUCAGCCAUACGCAACCAUUACGAGGGACUGCUCGAGGGCGCUAUGCAGCUCUAUGAUAGCCAGGAUGAUUUACCCACGCCUUUACCAGCUCGUGAUUUUUGCAACAAGCGACGCGUCACUAAGCGCGAACAUCGCGGCUCCUCCGCAGGCUUGCCCAGCUAUCCGCCCAAGACCUAUAGUACCAGCACAGAGCGGCCAGCCACUGCACAGCCGGAGAAGACGCCAAAGUCGGCACAGUCAACGCAGCCGCCCUCCCCCACUUACAGCGCCUGGGGCAGCAGCAAGCACGGUUCCCACUCCCCACUGGUGCGACCCUUGAGCGCAGGGCCCUUCCAUCGCCCCGAGACCAUACUGGAGAUCUCACGGAGUGCUGCAAAUACGCCCGGACCAAGUGCGCAGACAGCGCCGCUUAUUGAGGCAAUACAAACGGAACUGCGUAAAUUCAGACAGCAAGAGCAGUAACAUCCAACCGAUUUUUUUAUAUAACAAGCAUAAUUUUUUCGCAAUU